CAAAACAGGAGGGAGUGGGCAGCAGACAACUGCAUGGUUUCAGCUAUUUGUUCAAAUCAGAAUUAGUCCUAUGCUAAAUUACACCCCCCCCCUACACACAUUUUCGCGGACUACUGGACAUAACAUUAUCAGCGUUUAUGACCACUGAUUUAUUAACCAAUGAUGUUCGGGUCGCUCUGGGGCAGGACGCACCUGAACACUGAAAACCACUAGCGGACAGGCUGAGAGAAGGGCGAGGAAAAUAUAAUGGUCAUGGACAAGUCCUCAACAACAUGAAGAAUACAAUCGGUGAAAGCGCUUAAUUUCACGACUACAAUCUGGGUAAUUCCAAGAUGGACAAAUAUCUGUCACCUCCUCAGAAUAUCCCAGACAUCAGACAGCCAUCUUUAACGGAGGACCUUGGUUCCCCAUACAGCAUCAACAUGAGUCCCCUCCUACCUGACGUUACCUACCUGUGCCCCAACCUGUGUCGGCCUAUGAGACCCAUCAAGACAGAGCCUCUCUCCCACUCCCUCAUCCAUCCCAGUUGCCAGUGCAACCCUGGUCCAACAACCCUUCCAGAACACCCUGGGCUUUAUGGCGCUUCAACAGACACAGGAAGUAGUCUGUUCAUUAAACAGGAAAUUCCCUCCCUGGACUUCCCAGACAUUCCGUUGUUCCAGCUGUUGAACUCUGAGCUGGAGCAGCUGGUGCCCGAUCACCCGGUGAACACCAACCUCCAUAGUAGGGUCCCUAUGUCCUCCUUGUCGGUCCCUUUCGGCAACGUCCACAUACCAUCCCCCCAGAUUGUUGUGAAAUCUAUGGGAAGCCCACAACAUUUUGGCAAUCGUCUGACAACCCAGUUUGCAAGCCAUUCGCAGCAGCGACCAGACUAUCUUCCUCCGUCCCCGCCUAACUCUGAGCCAGGGAGCCCAGACAGAGGGAAAGAGCUGAUCCAGAAUCGUUCUCUGCCUUCAUCUUAUGCAGCCAGUAUUGCUUCGAAACUAAGACCUGUUCUUAGGCAAGUCCCAAGCUCUGGUCUAGGACCAGUUCUGAGCAAAUGUCUUAGAUUAGUUCAGAGUCCAGGUCUUGGACAAAGCCAAAGUUCUAGUCUUGGAACAGGCCAGAACCCUGGUGUUGGGCCAGUCUCCCCAAAGUUGGCUCAAUCGGUUCCAGAGAGGUUUAACCGCAGGAAUAACACUGACCUGGAGAGGAGGAGGAUACAUCACUGUGACAUUCCAGGAUGUAAGAAAGUCUACACCAAGUCCUCCCAUUUAAAGGCCCAUUUGCGGACACAUACGGGUAAAUGGAGAGAAGCCGUACCAAUGCUCCUGGGAGGAAUGCGAGUGGCGCUUUGCUCGUUCUGACGAGCUGACACGCCACUUUAGGAAACACACAGGGGCCAAGCCAUUCCAGUGUGUUGUGUGUAACCGCUGUUUCUCCCGGUCUGACCACCUGGCUCUACACAUGAAGAGGCACCGGAGCUAGAGAAGCCCACAUACAGUAUAUCCUUUUUUUUAUUAGAUCAAAGUCAAAUGAAACUUUAUGUUAAAUAUACUUAAGUAAAUCUCAAACUUUCACAAUACUAUUGUGCAGACAAUUGUUUCACAGGAUUAGGCUCUCUGUCCUUACUGAGAAAUAAAUGUGGUGCUGAAACA